AUGUCGGAUAGUCAUCAAUCUGACGGUCCAGUCGACCGUCACAUCUCGCUUGAGGAGCAGCUUGAGGAUGCUCAUGAGCGUAUUCAGUUGUUGGAGAAUGUGGAACAGAACCACACUUUGCAGCUUCAUGCCCAGCAGCAUGACCUGAACCGACUUCAAAAUGAGCUUGAAGACGCCCAGGCAAGGGUGAACCAACUUCAAGCCGAUCUGGCACAGGCUCAACAACAGCUGGCUGACCAAGACGGCCAAGGACGCCGGCGGCCCACCGAGCGAACUUGGUACAGUAAACUGCAUGAGGGGUGGGAGUGGAAUGUGGUCUUCAAGUAUGCCCAAGGCGAAGAGAACAUGUCGACGAGGAUUGAUGUCCGCCAUCCCGACGUGACCUUUGUUGAUCGCACCGAGGCCGUCCUCGACUUCGCAGAGUACCAAGGGGGCAUCGAGGAGCCAGUGAGCGACGCAGAGUCUCUUGGUAAUCCAGAGUCUUUAAUGAUCGAAUCUCCUGUGGACAACGACGCCUCGCCACCCUUUGAUGCGAUCUCUCUCGAUCCAGAGAUCGAGACCUCAAAGGGCCCGGACUUUAAUGACCUCCCCGCCAAUUGCCUGGGCCGAGUUCUCGAGCUGGUUCUUUUUCAGAAGUACAAAUUGGUCCACUGCCUCAGCCGGCUCGACUCUUUCGACCCUCUUGACCGCGAUGCAAGGCCCCCUCCCGACAGCGAGUACUUCCUUGGCCUCCACGCCUUCUACGGCCUCAAUACCUUUGCCUUCAGCAGCCUAGGAGAGCUCGGCCGGUUUUGCACCGGCAUCAACACCCACCGGGUCCAGCGCAUACAGCAUAUUGAGUUGCUCUGGCAGGGCAACUAUUUCCUCGUCAAUGAGCGCCACAUGGAGAAACGUCGUCGCGGUAAAAUGGAGGCAUGGCGAUCCAAGCGCACCGAGAAGCUCGACCAUCUCGCCGAGAUGAAACGUUUGAAGACCAUGGUCAUCUUCAUCGACGAGAACCGGACCAGACGCAUCUACGAACCUAACUGCGUUCAGGACCUUCAUGAGAAAGAAACCCGGGGCCACCCAAACUAUCGACCGCUCCGGAACAUGCGUACUCUUUCAGGCCUGGACAAUGUUCUUGAGCUGCGCGGGUUGUCGUACGUCAGACUCUAUGACACCAGCGCCGGCGAGGAGAGCGGAGGGCAGAGAGUGCCUAUUUGGGACUGGUCAUUUCAAGAGCAUGUCACUCGCGUCGUCACGCAGCACAAACUCCCCAACCGCCAAGCCGCAGCCGAACUUACAAGGCUCGCUCCUCUGUUCCCGGUCGUCGCUACCAACAAUGACGACGACGAUCUCUACACUCCUACUGAUGACGAUAUGGCGGUCGUCUUGAGAUGGUACAGCGAGGAGACUCAAGGACUGAACACCGGCAAUGUCGCGCCAGGAGACCAUAACGAUGAACCCCCUAGUGAUGACACACACAGUGUGUCCAUUCCAGACUCUGAGGAUGAAAUGCCUCUGUCAGAGCCUGAUUCUGACAACCAUAUGAAUCUCGACGAUACGGACUCAGAUGACGAUAUUAGAGGGAUUUCCGACGAUGCCUCGCAGCACUCGAGCUCAGAUGGCGACAGCAGUGGUGAUGACAGCGAUGACUCUCGAUUUCAUGGUGUCCGGCAGAAACAACUCAAGGAUCUGACCAGCAUCCAGUUUGGUGAGAGUGGCUCGUUCGUCUUCAAACGCGAAUCAUCGAUGUGCUCGACUUUCAAUUUUGACAUUGAGGGCGUCCCAAGUCGAAGCCUCUCUCCCUUUAUGAACCCUUCUGCAGCCUCAUCCCCUCUGUCUCUGUUCCGAGCGGAGAGCGAGUCUAUGUUCGUAACCCCUGAACCUGAGAGUGGUGGCGUCAUAGAUCUCACAGAGGAUGAGAACGAAUCAGUUGCGACUGACAUCAAGAGACUGUUCUCAGUCUCGUCUGAGGACGAUACGAAUGGUUCGGUCUCCACUGAAGCCAAGAGGCACUUCUCGGUCUCUUCCUCUGAGGAGGAUGGAGACGACGGAGACGGAUACUCUGGACGACACAAGCGUUUCCGGACCGACUCGGUAAUCCACAGCUCGCAGGAAGAAGUUGACGCGGAGCGUUUCACCUCGGAGCCGUGGAAUUGA